GGACGCGCAGUUGUUAUGUAGCAGUCGUUUGAGUGAGUUCAUGUUAGUCAUUUUGUGAAAAUGGACAAAAUCGAGUAUCGAGCUGUCAUUAAAUAUCUGUUUUUGAAAGGCAAUACGCCUACGCAAAUCAAAGAUGAGUUGGAUUCUGUGUACGGGGACUCUGCACCAUCAUUUACCACAGUGAAAUUUUGGGCAGCUGAAUUUAAACGUGGCCGUAAGAGCUUGGGAGACGAUGAACGUUCGGGACGUCCAAAAACUGCAACUGCCGACGAAAACAUCGCCAAAGUUCACCAAAUUGUGCUAGACGACCGCCGAAUUAAAGUGAGAGAGAUAGCAGAGGUUAUGAAAAUGUCAAAAGAACGUGUUUGUCACAUAUUACAUGAACAUUUAGGCAUGACAAAGCUGUCCGCGCGUUGGGUGCCGCGUUUGCUCACGUUAGACCAAAAACGUGUUCGAAUGAACAUUUCCAACGCUCUGUUGGCGCAGUUUAGGCGCAAUAAAUCCGAGUUUUGGCGCCGAUUAAUUACUGUAGAUGAAACUUGGAUACACCAUUAUGCGCCCGAAAUAAAAAUAUAGUCCAAACAGUGGC